GAAUAUCGUGUCGUACUGUUAAAAUGGCCGCUUGGAGAGUACUUCAAGAACACAGUCAAGAAGAAUCUUGAAGUGGUAUGAGAGGCUUUUGCACACUGAAACAGAGGAGAAAAAUGCUCCGUCUGCAGAGGGUCGAAGGGAAUUGCUAUGAUCCAUCUCUACAACCAGAAAAAAUUUUGCUAAAACCGACUGUCACUCGUCUCGGACGCAGUGAUGAAUAUUCAGAUGUUGUUAUUGACAGUGUGAUAUCUCCUUUAAUGAUCAGUCGUGUUCACGCUGAAAUUCAUUUCAGCAAUGGAAAAUUCAGAAUUGAUUGUAAAGGACUGAACGGGCUGCUAGUCAACAAAACAAAGCGUAGCUCUGCUGUCCUAUGCGAUGGUGAUGUUGUUGUCUUUGGAGGUGCUGGCGUUAAAACGAAAGAAGGACAGAGUUUGUCAGCUUACGAUUCGGAGCUUGUGUAUGUUUUUAAUGAGGUCUGCCAGAAUGAUUCUGAAGAAGUGGGCUCCCUUGGGGAAGGAACAAGCGAUGGAAGCGUGCGAAGGCGAAGCAAACGGAAAAAGCCCGCAUCACUAAGUGAAGGAGUGAGCUCUCCAUGUGAAAAGAAGACUAAAGGCAGCAUGGACGAUAAGCAGGUUUUUGAAGUUGAUCAAAAAGCUGAUCCACAGGAAGAAGUAAACAUCACUGAAGUAGAUGACAGCAGAUCAAAGAAGUGCCUAAAAGAUUUAAAUGAGGAGCUGCUUUGCUGUAUCUGUUGUGAACUGAUGGUAUUGGCACACACUUUGCCUUGCUCAGUACACACUUUCUGUUUUGGUUGUAUCAGGGACUGGCUUUGUCAUUCAAAAGACUGUCCAAACUGUAGAGCAAAGGCUCAACUCAAGUCUGCUGUACCAGUGAAGGUGCUAGACAAUACAAUAAACAAAGUAGCAGAAGAAGUUCUUUCUCUAGAGGAACUUGAAGAAAGGCAGCUAAAAAUUUAGCUGCUUUAGCCUUCUACAUGUGACUGGUGGUGUAUUAAGUAGCUUUUUGUGAUGCUUUCAGUGUUACUGACUCCCACAGAAAAAGAGCAGCACCCCCAUCUGUACCCACACCCCAUACUCAUGACCCCCUCCAAGGACUGCACCCAAAGAGUCUGCUCCCAAGGUCAGAGCUGCAGCAGAGCCCAGAAAUCUUGCUAUUAGUGACCCAGAAGUAGUGGAAGUUGGCCCUGCCAUGUUUUCAAUUCCUCAGGAAUUGCAAUUGAAAUGUAUUGAGAAACUGUCUUUAGACUGAGGGGUAUUUUGAAUUCAUCAAGUUGGCAUUGCUAUUGAGACAGUUUCAAUUUUGAAACAAAGGCUGACGAUGACUGAGAAUAAACUACGAGAAUGCCUGGAUAACCAACAGAAAAUAACCCUACAGAUCAGACCUGAUGAGUGGCGCAAUACUGUGUCAGUAUAAAGAGAUUUAAUCAUUAGUUAAGACCAGCCCCUGUAUGGUAAUAUUGUAAAAUUUGAGAGAAAUUUUCAACAAGUAUCAAAAAUAGUCAUGGAUAUAGUCAUGGGCAUUAGUUUAGCUUGACUGUAGUCUGUUAUUGGUUUAGAAAGCCUAUGCUGCCCUCUUGACCAAUCAGGUACGAGCCUCAUCAAGAUCGAGUGUGGAGUAGGGCCAUUCGCAUAUUUCCAGCUCUUCAGGCUCUUUGCCAGUUUUUUUCUUUGAGUUAUCUUUGGCUUUUUGUUAUAUUUCCUUUAUUAGAGCAGUUUCCAACUGAGUAUCAAAAGUGAUGCUGGAUUGCUUUGGUUUUGCUUUACUUUGUUGUGUGAUUGGUCCAGAAAACUCGCGUCACAAUCUUAACCAAUCAAAUGUAAAACUAAAACCAAUCAUUGCAAGGUCACUCGCGUUUUCCCGUACUUUAAGGAGGUUGCCUGUUUCUACUCUGUGUUCUCAUUGGCUAAUAAUCACGAUAACCUUUUUUCUGAUUGGCAGUUGUCAUCACUUUGGAUUUGGUUUUUCGAUACUCAAUUGAAAAGUGCUCGAUGAUUGGCAGUUGUGAUAACUUUGGAUUGGGUUGUAGGACACUUAGUUGAAAUUCACUUUUUGAGAAUACAGUGGUUUAUAUCUAUGUGUAAAUAUCAUAAAAAGUUACUAAAGCAAUAUCAGAACUACAAGGAGGUAAAUAAACUAUUUAUACCAACCUUUGCUGUAUGUUUGGAAUGAGAACUUGUUUUACAUUUAGUCAGAGGUUGAAGUAGCUUUUUUGUGAGCUGAUUUUAUGUGCUGGUGUUCUCUACAUUCGAUGUUCUUUUGUGUUUUAAAUUGUUUUAAGUUCAAAUACGUAUUCAGUAACUAUAGAUCUAGACUAAACAGAACAUUAUAUGUCCGCUGGUGGAUACAAGUCAAUAAUAUUUCUCACGAGUGAGAGAUAUUGUCGACACUCGAGGAUAAAUUUGUAUCAACCUGCAGCUAAGUGAUGCCUUUGAAGGGUUGUCAAAAAGAUUUGGAGUGACUGGACUGUGAUACAAAGAAAGCAGCACUAAAAAGUUUUAUUCCAUCACUGUCAUGCUUCCUUACCAGUUACUGGCUUAAUGUAACAAACCUGCCUUCUGUGUAGAAAGGGCUUAUCUAGAGUUGUGACGUAUAGGUUUUACAUCAAACUGAAUGAUUCUGCAAAGUAAAUGAUUCUGAAUGAGGUGGGUUCCGUUAGGGAAGGAACAAGCGAUGAAAGCUAGUAUCACCAAGUGAAGUACUAAGGUAUGGGUACAUGACAUAGAGAUAAGGGUAGUAAAGAUGGAGAUAGUGCUAUUGGACUCAGAAAAAGGAGUGCAGGGUGCUAGACAGAGAGGUCAGUACUCUGGAAAAAAUUUUUAAGGGGGUCGUGUGGGUUUGGAUCAUAGAACGAUGCCGAAAUAAAAAACAACAACACCUUAUGCCUCUUUCACCUUCUUAGCGGAUAGUAUUUUGUCUGUAACUCCUAAGCAGGACCAGGAACAAACCCCAGUUUUUCAUUACUGAUUUUGCAUCAAGACUAUCAUCUUUCUGCCAAGGGUCCAAAAGAAAUCUUCGCCAAAGUUGUGGGGCCAUCUUCAUAUAUUAAAUUCAGGUGCUUGUUUCUUAAAAGUACCGGUAACUU